AUGAGCGCCGAUACUCAGCCUGAAAAGAUCAUGGAGGAAAAGGGCACCGUUCCUGUAAACGAGGCCCCCCUCGACCUCCCUCCGCUGGAUCAGCUGCCAAAGGGUCGCUGGGAGCGCGCCUGGCCCACCAUCGCCUGUGGUGCUGGUCUGUUCUCCGAUGGCUAUCUGAAUGGAGUAAUUGGUCAAGUCAACACCAUUCUCGGAGUUCUCUACCCGGACACCUAUGCCAAUUCUCCAGCGAGUCAGAAUGUUUCGGCCAUUGCCUUUGCCGGUACGGUCGUUGGUAUGCUGAUCUUUGGCUACACUAGCGAUCACUGGUCGCGCAAGUGGUCACUGAUGAUCUCUACCAUCAUUCUUUUCGUCUUCGCUGCCCUCUGUGCCGGUUCCUACGGUUUGAAUGGUAGUCAAUAUGGUCUGUUCGCAGCCCUGACCGCAUAUCGUUUCUUCAUCGGUGUGGGUAUCGGUGGUGAAUACCCUGCGGGCUCCGUUGCGGCAGCUGAGAACACCGGCGAACUCAAGGCCGGCCACCGUAACCGUUGGUUCAUCAUGUUCACCAACUUCCAGAUUGACUUUGGAUUCGUUGUCUCGGCUUUGGUGCCUACCAUUCUCCUUCUGAUCUGCACGGAGAAUCAUCUGCGCUUGGUCUGGCGUUUGUCUCUGGGCUUGGGCGUCAUCCCACCCUUGAGUCUGCUGUACCUUCGUCUCAAGCUGCAAGAGCCCGAGGAGUUUAACCGCGAGCGGAUGCACAAGUUCCCGAUCUUGUUGAUCAUCAAGUUCUACUGGUUCCGCCUUGCGGUGGUUUCUCUAAUCUGGUUCAUCUAUGACUUUUCUUCUUAUUCCUUUGGUCUUUACUCGUCGAAGUGGAUUGAGAUCAUUACUGGCUCGGAUGCUCCCUUGUGGAAGACCUUCGGCUGGACUACCCUGACCUACCUGUUUUACCUCCCCGGCUCCGGACUCGGUGCAUGGGUGAGUGAUUGGCUGGGUCCUCGCAAUACACUCGCCCUCGGAGUGCUUCUCCAAGGAAUCGUCGGGUUCAUCAUGUCUGGAUGCUACAAGUGGCUUGCGACCUCCGCAAACGUGGGUGGUUUCGUGGUGGUCUACGGCAUCUUCCUUGCCCUGGGUGAGUUUGGCCCUGGCGAUAACCUUGGUCUGUGUGCAGCCAAGAGUAGCGCUACUGCCAUCCGCGGUCAGUACUACUCUUAUGCCGCUGCCAUUGGUAAGAUUGGUGCGUUCGUGGGCACCUACGUCCUGCCAAUUGUCCAGAAGAAUGCCCCCAACGCGGUUCGCAAGGGCCAGGAUCCGUUUUUCGUCUCCAGCUCGCUGUGCAUUUUGAGUGCUUUCCUGGCAUACUUCCUGCUCCCGCAGAUCAGCCAGGACACCAUCACUAGCGAGGAUGCGCGCUUCCGCGAGUAUCUGACUCAAAACGGCUACGACACCUCGACUAUGGGCAACGCAGAGCAGAUCACCACCGAGGUGACCCCCGCCCGUGAUGACAUGGCAUAA